CUUGCAGUUUCAGCAAACAAAUAAAACGCUAGACACAACUUUUUAUUGCUUCUCAUUCUGUUUCUGGUCGUUUUUGUGUUUUCGGCAUUGAAACUAAAUCAUUGAUAUUUUCUAUUUCUCCCUGCCUGCCCAAGCCUACCAUUUUUUGCAUUUUAGUCGGCCUUGUUAACUUUCUGUUCUUGUAAAUAAAAUGCCUUGUAAACUUGCUGCAACCAAACUUUCUUGCAGUUUCAGCAAACAAAUGAAACGCUAGACACAACUUUUUAUUGCUUCUCAUUCUGUUUCUGGUCGUUUUUGUGUUUUUGGCAUUGAAACUAAAUCAUUGAUAUUUUCUAUUUCUCCCUGCCUGCCCAAGCCUACCAUUUUUUGCAUUUUAGUCGGCCUUGUUAACUUUCUGUUCUUGUAAAUAAAAUGCCUUGUAAACUUGCUGCAACCAAACUUUCUUGCAGUUUCAGCAAACAAAUGAAACGCUAGACACAACUUUUUAUUGCUUCUCAUUCUGUUUCUGGUCGUUUUUGUGUUUUUGACAUUGAAACUAAAUCAUUGAUAUUUUCUAUUUCUCCCUGCCUGCCCAAGCCUACCAUUUUUUGCUUUUUAGUCGGCCUUGUUAACUUUCUGUUCUUGUAAAUAAAAUGCCUUGUAAACUUGCUGCAACCAAACUUUCUUGCAGUUUCAGCAAACAAAUGAAACGCUAGACACAACUUUUUAUUGCUUCUCAUUCUGUUUCUGGUCGUUUUUGUGUUUUUGACAUUGAAACUAAAUCAUUGAUAUUUUCCUAUUUCUCCCUGCCUGCCCAAGCCUACCAUUUUUUGCAUCUUAGUCGGCCUUGUUAACUUUCUGUUCUUGUAAAUAAAAUGCUUUGUAAACUUGCUGCAACCAAACUUUUUUGCAGUUUCAGCAAACAAAUGAAACGCUAGACCCAAUUUUUUAUUGCUUCUCGUUCUGUUUCUGGUCGUUUUUGUUCAAUCAUUUGUUUAAUCAAUGUUAGAAUGCUAGUUUUGGAGCCGCCAAUUUGUUAUCCAUCGUUCUAAUACUUUUGUUACGUAACUGUAGACAUAAGUGUAGCAGUUGUUUUUGCUAUUGAGGUCGCAUGACAACAGAUCACUUUCUUAUUGAAAAUUGGCAGAAAGAAGAGCGGGCUUUAAUUUUUCAUGUGAUUUAUUUUGAAUGUAUGUAUCCGAAAAGGCAGGUGUUGCGUGUAUAUGUUUGCCUCAAAAAUUUGGAGCUCUUGUAUUUGCAGAGGAGUUAAUUCUUGAUAGCUUGCAAAGGUGUUUGAUCUCCAAGUAUUGUAACGACACACUGCUCUUCGUUAGAGAAGCACUGCCGCGAUGGAAAUUUCGUGUGGGCACUAUGGGUUGGUGAUUCGGAAUAUAACGUCGUUUAAGACAAAUCUGCAAGCUUGUUCAUUCGUAAAUCUCGGAUUAGCCUUACCAACUACGCUGAUAAAUCUAACACUGAUUGUAGCGAUUGUUACAUCAAAUGAGUGCAAAAAGCCGUGUCAGGAAUUGCUACUUAACCUAGCCUUUACAGACCUUCUAACGGGAGUUACUAGCAUGCCUUUUCACUUCAUCGAAUUUCGUCUCAUCGCUUUUCUUAAAGACCCUUGUCAAUUCUCCAACGUUGCAAUACCACUUGGAUAUGUUAUUGGUAUAGCUUCAUUUCUAACUGUAACCGUUAUUGCAGUUGAGAGAUACGUGAAAAUAUUCUGUCCCUACGUUUACCAUACAAGAUUUAAUCCAUGCACUGUCAUUGUCUUUUUGUUUGUAAUAUGGGCCUUUUCCGUCAUCUGUGUCGUUCCGACCGCCGUAACCAAAAAUGCUUAUCCACUCCACUUGUUUGUCGUGUUGGUCGCUGUUUUCGGAAGCUCUGUCAAUGUUUAUUGUUAUUUAAGAAUUUUGCUGCGAGCCCGAAAAACACGUCGCCAAAUAGAGGCAGAAGUAGCACGAUUUGGCCGGAGAGUGCCGAGUCAAAGAGAAAGAAACCUUCUCUUUGUUGGUGGUUUGAUAAUAAUAUCACUCUCGUUAUCUUAUACUCCAAUUGUCUUAAGCAAGCUUGCGAAAGUAUUAGGUAUCCGUGGAGAUGCCUGGGACUAUGCACUGUGCUGGGAAUGGACCCUUGCCAUGGCAAAUUCGCUUAUGAACCCUCUGAUAUCGUGUGUUUUUAAUCCCGUCGUAAGAAUGAAAAUCGUAAGAAUGUGGACAUGCAAAGCAAAUGGCAACAGAAUGUCUCAAAGGGAGGGCAGAGAGAACAAUACUACUAGCAUUGCUAUGCAAAGCUUCCGUUUGAAGAACAUGUGAUUUU